AUGUAUUUGAAAAAGGCCUCUGACGGGAAGGGCGUCGUUCCUUGCGUGAUCAAUGGAGAAGCCCUCAACCUGCCCGACUCACAGAACUUCCCAGUCAUACAAGGGUCAACAGGAGAAACGGUGCAUUAUGCACAGAGUGCUACGGUGGAGGUCGCCAUCGCUGCCGCGGACGCCUCAUGGAAAGCCUUCAAAUCUUGGAAGAAAACAACAGUGGAUGAGCGUCGAGACGUGCUCCUACGAGCAGCCGACAUACUUGAAAGGAGAGGUGACGAAGCCGCAAAACGAAACACCACCGAGACCAGCGCUUCCAACAGGUGGACACCCUUCGAUGUCAUGUAUGCCGCGAAACAAGUUCGAGAGGCAGCCUCUUGUGUGACCACCGCGGUCCAUGGCACCAUUCCAAGCAGUUCCGAUCCCGAAGUCACGUCAUUAGUAUUCAAAGAGCCUAUUGGGCCGGUAUUGAUCAUCCCACCGUGGAACGCUCCACUAAUCCUGGCUUUCCGUGGGAUUGCUCACAUUCUAGCGGCUGGAUGCUCGGUGGUUUUGAAAGCGUCGGAAAUCUGUCCCUUCACCCAUCAGAUCAUGCUGGAGUGCUUGAAGGAGGCCGGUCUUCCCGCGGGUGUGGUCAAUCAAGUUCAAUGUGCUCGGAAGGACGCAGCGGCGGUGACGGAAGCUCUGAUUGCACAUCAAGCGAUCCGAAAGGUCGAAUUUAUCGGCAGUGCGGCUGUCGGCAAGAUCAUCGGUAGUGUGGCAGCGAAGUACCUGAAGCCGGUGCUGAUGGAGCUUGGUGACCAGAGCCCCGCCAUCAUUCUCGAAGACGCGGAUUUGAAAGCAGCAGCAGGUAUGGUGGUAGCAGGAGCCCUAGCACAUCACGGCCAAUUAUGUUUUGGCACCGAGCGAAUCAUUGUGGUCGAGAAGGUCAAGGAUGCAUUUUCGAAGGAACUCGUUGCAGCGAUGAAGACGAUCCCAGAAGCCGGCGACGCAAGCUCGGCUGAGGCAGCCAAGAAGGCUCAGGAGCUGAUCCUCGAGGCGGUAAAGGAUGGAGCAGAAUUUCUGGCAGGGAACGCCGACCUUACUGGCAAAUCGUCUCUUACGCCAUCGAUCCUGACGAAUUUGAAUCCCAAGUCACGCAUCAAUCACGUAGAGUCAUUUGCGCCUACAGCCUCACUGUACGUGGUCAAGGACGCCGAUGAGGCGUUGGCGAGGGCCAACGAGACGGAGUUUGGGCUUUCGGCUUCGGUUUGGACCCAGAACUACAAGAAGGCGAUCGAAUUUGCCCGUGAGUUGGACUUCGGUCAAGUUCAAGUCAAUGGAAUGACCAUGUAUGCUGAUGUCCACGCACCUGCGACGGGAUACAAGGGUAGUGGCUGGGGGAGUAAUAAUGGCAGGCACGGAGUUGAGGAGUUUCUGUUCAACAAAUGGGUAUCGCUGCGUUGA